CCUUUUAUGUAUUUAAAUUAUUGUAGUUGUUUUUUUUUUAGUAGAGAAAGAACAAUCUCAAGGAAGAAUUGAUUAAUUACCGUACAUAUUUAAUUAUAACUAUCGUUCAGUCUCUUAAAUCACGUGUCUCUCUCACUACGGGAUGUUGGCAAAAUUUCCGUGUAUAACGGAACAAGUCCAUACUGAAAAAAAAAAAAAAAAAGAGUAUUUAAAUAAUUUACUGAUUUUUGAAUAUUGGCAAAAAAAGAUGUUAAUAAUAAUGUCUUUAGUAAAGUAAAUGAUAUUCUGUAUCGGUGGCUUAAUUAGGAAUAAUUAAUCAUUAGAGAUGACCACCUCUAAAGAAACUAUUAUAAAAAUUGAUGAUAUCAGCAAUGGUAAUGGAAGGGAAAGUCAAAAAACUGCAAUUAAUAUUUUGUGUUUGGAUAUUACCCAUUAUAGUCAAUUAAUGCAGUUUGCAUUAUGUUCUGCAUUUGUCUUUAUAUGUUAUUUAGCUUAUGGGUAUUUCUUAGAAUUAAUAUUCUCUGGGCCUGAAGUAAAGCCUGUGAGUUUAUAUAUAACAUUAGUACAAUUUUUAAUGACUAUGGUCUUCAGUUAUGUAGAAUCACUAAUAAGGAUUCCUAUAAAACGAAAGUAAGUAUAAUUAAUUCUUCUUCUUUUCAAUCAUUGGGAUUUUCUCUUGUGGGUUUCGUCAGAACCCAGGGUCUCGCUCACUUUAUUUCAUAAUUUCAUUAAUAGACUCUGCUUGUAAUUUGUAAUUAAUAUUUUCUAUCAAGCUCACAAUUUUAUAAAAGCUUUCUUUAAAUAAAACAGUAAUUCUGUGAUACUUCAACUAGUAAAGAAUUGUUUACAAAUUAUGUUUAUAACUUAUUUCAGAGUUCCAUUAAAGACCUAUGCUAUUUUAGCUGCGUUAACUCUGGGCACUAUGGCUUUUUCCAAUUUAGCCCUCAGCUAUUUAAAUUAUCCAACACAACUAAUUUUCAAGAGUUGUAAACUGAUUCCUGUAAUGAUUGGAAGUAUUAUAAUACUAGGCAAAAGGUAUGGUUUCUUGGAUUACAUUGCAGCAAUAAUUAUGUGCAUUGGAUUGACAAUGUUCACAUUAGCUGACUCAAAUACAUCACCGAACUUUGACAUAAUCGGUGUGAUUGUUAUAUCUAUGGCACUUUUGUGUGAUGCAAUAAUUGGUAAUGUUCAAGAAAAGGCUAUGAAACAAUUCUAUGCUUCAAAUAAUGAAGUUGUGUUUUACUCUUAUGCUAUUGCAUGCAUCUACCUUGUCGCCAUCACUGGUGUUUCAGGAAUAAUGAGAGCUGGAUAUAUAUAUUGCUCAGAGAUGCCUCUAAAAUUGUAUACAAAUAUCUUCCUCCUAAGUUUAAGCGGUUAUAUGGGUUUACAAGCUGUACUGACGUUAGUAAGGAUAUGUGGAGCUACAGUGGCAGUCACUGUCACAACUAUGAGAAAGGCAUUAUCAAUCAUCAUAAGCUUUUUGCUUUUUAGCAAACCUUUUGUCUUCCAAUACGUGUGGUCGGGAAUGUUAGUUGCAUUAGCUAUUUACCUAAACCACUACAGCAAGAAACAUCCCCAAUAUGUGCCAAUGUGCCUACUCCACUGCUGGCAUUACAUGCAGUCCCUAUACCAGUCUGAAUAUAGAUAUUUGAAGAUUAAAAGUAAAAUUUAUGCGGAUACAGUAUAAAUUUUACAAAAUUAUAACAUACAUUAGUAAUUUUUUUAUGAUUGUUCUAAAACUUGUUACCUUCGCUAAGGUACCGCCUGUAAAAAAGUGAACUGUGAUUUGAAUUAACCUAUUAUAUUUAAGAACAACCGUCACAAGCUUAUAGACUAGAUGUUGGCUUGAAUAUUUUCAAGCAUGUGUCACAAAUACCAUACUAUUAAUGUAAAACAGUGCGUCAGGUUAAACAAAACGGU